AUGCACGACUCUCGGGCUGGCGACCGGACGCCUGUCCACUACACCGUUAGGACUCACACGAUACCAUCGCCAGCUCCCAUCACCUCUCACUCUCACUCCCUCUCGCAGUCAUCUCGCACCGGCAAGACUGGCAUGUCGACGACUCCCGCUUCUUCGCCCCGCGCCUCCCAUUCCGUCGGCCAGAACCAUCCUCCCAAGCUGUCUCCGUUGCGGCCCGACAUGAGGCCACCGAGUCCCAACUACUUUGGACUCGUUGUCGAUUCGUCCCACGACCCUCGAGAUUCGUCUGGCCUGGGCAACAACUGGAGUCCGGCCUCGUCGUCAGUCAAGUCCUUUGCUGCCGCUCUUCCUAGACCUAUCGAAGCCACCAAUCCCGACUUUGAGGCCUUCAGGAGACAGAUUGAUAUAAACAGGGGCGGCAGGUCGUUUGCCCUGCCGACUUCACAUUACGUCCAGCCCACAUCCAACCCCGCCCUCACUCGCCCACGAGUGCCUAGAGCGCAUACUCAUGCGAGCGAUACGGGCUCAGAGAACUCCUUUCCUCGCCUAAGCUUGCCAAGAGACCGCCCGUCAAGUCGUAUGGAUGUUGACCAGGAUAGUCUCCAUGACUCUGCAUAUCUCACUAACCUCCCGAGAUUCGAGUCCCCGAUGCCAAUGGACCCCAUGCAGUCUCAGGCGACGCCGGCUCGAUCUGAGAACACAACCACCCAACUCACAAUGACUGAGCACAGGCCCCAGCCUCCUUCACCUAAUCCGCCAUUGACGCCCUUGACGAGGGCUGCGACAAUGCCCAUUAAGCUGGAGCCCGGGCAACCAUCAUUGAUCACUGCAGAAACUCUCAAGGACCUACUUGAGGCCGAGGAUGAGGACGACAUCUUGCUGUUGGACAUACGGUCUUCAACAAACUACGCCACGUCCCGAAUCCAGGGAGCUCUCAACCUGUGCAUCCCCACCACUCUCCUGAAGCGUAAUACAUACAACACCGAAAAGUUGCAACAGACCUUCCAAGACAGCUCGGCAGGAGACAAGUUUGCCACCUGGAAGGACGUAGAAAGGAUCAUUGUGUACGAUUCUCACUCGUCGGAUGCGCGUGACACCGUUGCGGCCCAGAAUAUGAUUAAGAAGUUUACAAAUGAGAAAUACCUCGGAGAGACUGCCAUUCUCAGAGGUGGCUUCCAAAAGUUCCAAAGCUUGUUCCCCAGCUUUGUCGAUAAGUCCUCGACCGUGCCGGUGAACCCCGACGGCGGUGGUUUUCCAGGUGCUAUGAGAGGCCUUGCUCCUGUCAUUGGUGGCGUCAGCCUACCAACGUCCAUGAACCCUUUCUUCUCCAAUAUCAGACAGAACAUGGACUUGGCGGAUGGCGUCGGCCAGUUGGACGUUGCUUGGCCUCAUGGGCUGGAGUCCGACGUGCUUCCUCUGUGGCUUCGCGAUGCGGCAGCCCCGCAAGACCACGGUAAACGUGUGUCGGAUUUCUUUUUGCGGAUUGAGAUGGAAGAGAAGACUCCCAUGAACGGCCGGGUGCAACUCUCGGGUGUUGAGAAGGGCGGCAAGAACCGCUACAAGGACAUUCUCCCCUUUGAGCAUGCGCGUGUCAAGCUUCAGGACAAACCCCUAGGAGCUUGUGACUACAUCAAUGCCAGUCAUCUCAGUGCGUCGAGGAGCAACAAGAAAUAUAUUGCGAGCCAGGGCCCCCUGCCUGCUACUUUCGAGGAUUUCUGGUCGGUCAUCUGGGAACAGGAUGUGCGCGUUAUUGUCAUGUUGACGGCCGAAUCUGAAGGAGGCCAACUAAAGUGCCACACGUAUUGGAAGGAUCGCGAAUAUGGGCCCAUCAAGCUGAAGCAGCUCUCCGAGAAGAAGGCAUCACUUGACCUCGACAAGCAUCGUUCUGCCGCCACGCAGACCAGCAACGCAUCAUCGAGAAAGCCUACUCCCCAAGAGCAAUCUGAGCCGACCUUUGUCACCAUUCGCAAGUUUGCUCUCACGCAUUCUUCUCACCCCUUUGCUCCCAUUAGAGAGAUCACUCAUCUCCACUUCUCUUCUUGGCCCGAUUUUGGCACGCCGGCUCAGCCGUCUCACCUUCUUGCCUUGGUAGAGCUCGCCAACGUCAUGCAGCGUGCGGCUCUCCCAGUCGAGACGGCCUCGAUUAUGGGGUCCAGCAAGAUUGCCAAUGACAUUGCGUCGAUUCAGUGGUACGACGAGCCCGAGGCUGACAGCGCAAGCCGUCCCAUGCUCGUUCACUGCUCGGCUGGAUGUGGCAGGACGGGAGCGUUUUGCACUGUGGACAGUGUGAUUGAUAUGAUGAAGCGCCAGCGGCUGGCCAAGCUGCCAGGCGGACAACCUAAUGCUCGGGAGGCAGAGGAAGACACGCAAAUGAUGGACUUUGAUGAGGCCAUCUCCCCUAUGACCAACAGGGAGAUGAGCUUCAAGUUUAACACGGACCACGAGAUGGGCUUCAAGUUCAACACGGAUCCCGAGCCAAGGCCUCAGGAUGCAGGCGUGGAGCACUCAUCUGUCGACGGGUCUUGGGUGCGAGACGAUUCGGUUGAUUUGAUCCAAAAGACGGUAGAGGACUUUCGCGAGCAGAGACUCAGCAUGGUCCAGAGCCUACGACAGUAUGUAUUGUGUUACGAGACGGUGUUGGAAUGGGUCCACCGAUUGCAUGACAGAGGCGCCGGCGCCAGUGCUGGCAAAAGACCUCGCAGCGAGAGCUACCAGUUCUCAUGA